AUGUACGGACUCAUACUGGAGAACAUGUCCGAGUUCAUUCGGCAGUCGUACGGCGAGGAUCGGUGGGAGGAAAUCAGGCGACAGGCCGCCGUCGAUCAGCCCAGUUUCAGCGUCCACCAGGUCUACUCGGAGAACCUGAUACCCCGGCUGGCCAACAAGGCUAUACAGGUCCUGGGUAUAACGGAGCGCGAAUUCUUCGACCAGAUGGGCGUGCACUUUGUGAGCUUUGUGGGCCAGUACGGCUACGACCGGGUCCUCUCGGUGCUCGGACGUCACGUGCGGGACUUUCUCAACGGCCUCGACAACUUGCACGAGUACCUGAAGUUCUCGUACCCCAGGAUGCGCGCCCCGUCCUUCAUCUGCGAGAACGAAACCCGACAAGGACUGACUCUGCAUUACAGAAGCAAACGCCGGGGCUUCGUUUACUACACGAUGGGCCAGAUCCGCGAGGUGGCCCGUCACUUUUACCACAAGGAUCUCAAGAUCGAGCUCGUGCGCGAGGAAAUACUCUUCGACACGGUGCACGUGACCUUCCAGCUGACCUUCGACAAUCGGGCCUUCACCCUGGCCUCCCUCACCAUGACGCGCGAGGAGAAACACCUGCCCAUCAACGCGUCCGUUCUCUUUGAGAUUUUUCCCUUUUGCAUCGUCUUUGGCCCCGACAUGGUCGUACGAAGCAUCGGCAACUCCCUCAUGGUCAUACUGUCCGAUCUCGUGGGGAAAAAAAUCACCCACCGCUUCGAUCUGGUCCGACCCCUCAUAGCCUUCAAGUUUCAAUCGAUUUUAAACCGAACGAACAACAUAUUCGAGCUGCUGUCGGUCGAGCCGGUGCUUGCCGAGAGGCCGAGCGACCGUCGCCGCGACGACAUUCCCUUGGGCAGCGAUCUCGACAACCAGGAAGAUCGAGCCCUCAGACUUAAAGGUCAGAUGAUAUACAUGGACGACUGGAAGAUGAUGAUGUACCUCGGUACACCGGUGAUGCCCGAUUUGAAUGCGCUGAUCGGCGCGGGACUGUACAUAAACGACCUAUCGUUGCACGAUUUCAGCCGGGAUCUGAUGCUCGCCGGCACGCAACAAUCCGUCGAGCUCAAACUCGCGUUGGACCAGGAACAGCUGAAGAGCAAAAAGCUGGAAGAGUCGAUGCGGAAACUCGACGAGGAGAUGAAGCGCACCGACGAGCUGCUCUACCAGAUGAUACCGAAGCAAGUGGCCGACAGAUUGAGAAACGGCGAGAGCCCGAUAGACACGUGCGAGAUGUUCAACAGCGUCUCGAUCCUCUUCUCGGACGUGGUCACCUUCACGGAGAUAUGCAGCCGGAUCACGCCGAUGGAGGUCGUGUCGAUGCUCAACGGCAUGUACUCCCUGUUCGACACCCUCACCGAGCGCAACCACGUGUACAAGGUGGAGACGAUAGGCGACGCGUACAUGGUGGUGUCGGGGGCCCCGGUGAAGCAGAGGGACCACGCCGACCGGGUGUGCGACAUGGCCCUGGACAUGCUCGAGGCGAUAACCGACCUGACGGACCGCUCGACCGGGCAGCACCUGCAGAUACGCAUCGGGAUCCACAGCGGGGCCGUGGUCGCGGGCAUCGUGGGCCUCAAGAUGCCGCGCUACUGUCUCUUUGGCGACUCGGUCAACGUGGCCUCGAGGAUGGAGGCCACCAGCGAGGCCAUGCAGAUACACAUAUCCCAGUCGACCAAGGAACUGCUCUCGCCGUCUUACCGGGUCAUCGAACGCGGCGAGAUACAAGUUAAGGGCAAAGGCACGAUGAAGACCUACUGGCUGGAGAAGCGCGAGGUCCGCUCGGCGUCGACGAAAAACAUCACGAUAGCCCAGCCGCCCCAGUGGCACGCGAUAACGCCGCGCAACUCCCUCACCCGCAUCCCCUGCCUCAUCGAGACCCCCGUCUCCACGGCCUACCCGACCAACCCGGCCCUACCCUCGUCCACCCUGUCAUCCCCCGUGCGAACGUGCCACUCUCCCUCGGCUCGCCUCAUCGCCCGACUCCCGACUUCCCCGACGCCACCUCAGACCUGCGCCGACGAGCGGCCCGUCUACUCACCCAUCACCUUCCAGGACGUCGCUCGCAGAUCCGUCGCCAACUCACCCACCAAGAGCCUCUCCGUCAAAGAGUUGCGCUCAAACUCCCUGGGGGCAGUGUCCACGCUGGGUUACCCGCAGCCGUCGGACCAACUCCUGGGCACGCUGGUCUCGGACACGGAGCACUUCCGGCACCACCGGGAGGGCGCGUCGCGCCAAACCAAGCCGUACGAGCAGUCGGCCCCCGUGCACGAAGCCUCGAUAUACCAGCACCCGGGGCUGGAGGGCCCGAAGCAGCGGGCCUCGUCCUCGGCAGGGAGCGACUCGUCCGAGAGCUGCGCCCAGCAGGUCGUCCAGGUGAGGGAGGACCACUGCUGCCCGGGUUUCGCGCUGCCCAAACCUGGUGCCAAAAACAAGUAUCCCCACAACAACGGCUGCUCGAUCGCUUGA